ACGCAAGGCUUUACACUCCUUGAGGCUUUUAUACACUUCAGCAGAGGCUUUGCUGUAAAGAAGCUGUGUGCACCGACCAGGAGUAUCUGGCUGUUAAACUUGUCGCACUCUCCAUAGACUGAGAAAGCGUCUCUUUCGGAUUUGCGCUGCUUGUUCCUCAGAAGGAAGGACUGAUUCACAUGGUUCUGCUGCUUCUCUAGCAGCUUGGAUUAAUAUACAACGGUGACCACUUCACAGCGAGAUACAAGAGUCUGAAGACGAUACAGAAGCAAAAGCCUACAUGGGACUAAAAGUUUGAAGCCACGUAUCUACGAACACGCUGAAAAAAGCUUCUGGCUAAGAAAAGGAUGAAAGGGGUCACUUCAAAGUGAUGCACAGAGGCUGGAUUGGAAAUAGCGUUACUCUUUUGCACACCUCUGAACUACAGGGUGGGGUUAUUGAAAGGCUGCGGAGAGCCACAUGCAUUCUCCAAAGGAUUUCUGAUUACAAGCUGGGCAUCAAGUAAAGCACCAAGGAGGGGAGAAACUCUCUCCUACAAUCCAGGACUGCUAUUAUGAUGGUAAGCGAAAACAGCACAGACUGUUCAGUGGACGACAACUUUAAAUACACCCUGUAUGGGUGUAUAUUUAGCAUGGUGUUUGUCCUUGGACUAAUAUCAAAUUGCGUUGCUAUGUACAUUUUCAUUUGCACCUUGAAGGUGCGGAACGAAACAACAACUUACAUGAUCAAUCUGGCCAUUUCCGACCUCCUGUUUGUGUUUACGUUGCCGUUUAGGAUUUUCUACUUUGCUGCCAGACAGUGGCCCUUUGGAGAUAUAUUGUGCAAGAUAUCGGUCACCCUUUUCUACACAAACAUGUACGGCAGCAUCCUGUUUUUGACUUGCAUUAGCGUGGAUCGAUUUCUGGCCAUUGUAUAUCCAUUUCGGUCAAAAACUAUCAGAACGAAGAAAAAUGCAAAAAUAGUGUGUUUGGUGGUAUGGCUGACUGUGAUAACAGGGAGUGCGCCGGCCAGCUUUUUCCGCUCAACCAACACGAACAAUAAAAUCAAUAACACAGAGACCUGCUUUGAGAACUUCUCUGAAGACACCUGGAAAACCUACUUGUCCAAAAUUGUGAUUUUCAUUGAAAUUGUUGGAUUCUUCAUCCCCCUAAUACUCAAUGUUUUCUGUUCAACUAUGGUUUUGAAGACUUUGAAAAAACCGGUGACCUUAAGCAGAAGCAAACUGAACAAAACCAAGGUGUUGAAGAUGAUCAUUGUUCACCUGGCGAUCUUUUGUUUCUGCUUUAUUCCAUAUAACGUCAAUUUGGUGCUAUAUUCUUUGAUGAGGACCCAAUCUUUUAGCAAUUGUUCGGUUAAAACGGCAGUCAGAACGAUGUACCCCAUCACUUUAUGCCUUGCGGUCUCAAACUGUUGCUUUGACCCAAUAGUUUAUUAUUUCACAUCGGAGACUAUUCAGAAUUCCAUCAAAAAGAGAAACCGGCCCAACAGGAAAGACUCACGGUUCUCAGAAACCAUUCCUUCAGACAAUUUUAUUCAGCAUAACUUACAGACACUGAAAGCUAAAAUAUUUGAAAAUGAAUCUACAAUAUGAUGUGUGGACUGCUUGGGUUUUCUUUUUAGGCACAAACUUUUAUAAAA